UAAGCAUGUAUUAUCAGUAUUAUUAUUUUUAAUUUCACGACGGAAUCUAAAAACUGUUCAAGACGAAUGACAAUAUUUUUGCUCUGAUCAUGAAAAAAAAAAUGAAAAAAUCGGGCCGGAAAUAAUAGCAGAGUACAUAAGCAUACCCAGAUCCAAAAAACGGCCAUGAAAGAGAUCUUGAAGCUGGGUUAAAUUUUUGACCAAAUUAAAGACUCGUAAGCACAGAUCCGAGGCUUCAAGUGACUCUCCAAUGCGCAUCUAGGGUUUAAAUUGGAUCUUCGAUAAGUCUUCAGCUUCCAGGUUCCAGGCUCCAAGGAUUUAACUCAAUCUUUGAUAAGUCUUCAGGUUCCAGGUUCCAGGCUCCAAGGAUUUGGCUGGAUCUUCGAUAAGACUUCAGCUCCAGGUUCCAGACUCCAAGGAUUUCACUGGAUUUUCAAUAAGUCUCCAGGUUCCAGGCUCCAACGUUUUCACUGGAUCUUUGAUAAGUCAUCAGGUUCCAGGUUCCAAGGAUUUGUAUGGAUCUUCGAUAAGUCUUCAGGUUCCAGGCUACAAGGAUUUAACCGGAUCUUCGAUAAGACUUCAGCUUCCAGGUUCCAGUCUUCAUGGAUUUCACUGGAUCUUCGAUAAAUCUUCAGGUUCCAGGUUCCAGUCUCCAAGGUUUUAACUGGAUCAUUGAUAAGACUUCAGGUUCCAGGUUCCAGGCGCCAAGGAUUUAACUGGAUCUUUGACAAGUCAUCAGGUUCCAGGCUCCAAGGAUAUCACUGGAUCUUCGAUAAGUCUUCGGGUUUCACGCUCUUCGAUAAUUCUCCAGGAUCCGGGCUCCAAGACGUCUUCAGUGGAUUCCAGAAAGGAUUUCCCAGAGAUUCCUGGAGACAUUCGGAUCGCAGGCGAGAAGCUUCCCUGGGAAGAGCCGGAAUGGAUCCGUCUUUUUCAAAAACUAACAAUACUUCGAAUUAAAACAGUUAGCAUGUCCAAAAUGGAUCACUUUACAAAUAAAAAUUCAUUGUUAUACAAUUUAUCUUCUCGAACGAGUGUGAAUCGUCGAGACUUGCUGGGAGCUGAAAAUGCUCCUUGUUAUACUUUAUUACCUCAGAAGAGGUUGGCCCGAGCGGCGAGAGGAAUCGCCCGGAGGAAAAUCCAAGAGUACUAUGGGAUGACGACCAAAGGACCGGACAAAGGUAAAAUUGAAACUGCUGACCGGAAGAGGAGAACAUGCCACCAUUUACCUGAAGUGGAGACAAACGCCCAGGGAAAGAAGAGGACGAUGGAGGAGGCUGAAGCGUCAGAACCGACCAUGAAGAGACGCAAAGUGGCUGAAGAUGGCAAUGCGGUUAUCAGGCAAGGUCUCCGGCCAGCGAAGAAAGGCGCCAAACGGAAGCGGAACGUCGGGACCAGAGCAGUCGGUCACUUCCCUCAAGUGUUGAGAAACACUGAGGGAAUGAAGAGGAACCUGGAGGGCGCCGAAGAGACAGCCCCGAUCGCCGAGCCACGAAGAACGGACCAAGACGGAAAGGCAAGUCCCCGAAGGCCUCCGCUAAAAGCAAAGCGAGGAGGAAGAAAGGCAGAGGUUUUACGGAAGAGGAACUUGAACAAUUCCCCGACAGAGCCGCUAGACAGCCAUGGAAGGAAGAGGAAGAGAGAAGAGGAGAAAGAGGAGGACAAGAUGGAAGAAGAAGCAGGCAAGAUGGAACCGCUGAACAAAAGACGGAAGGCGGAUCCAGACUCGCUCGGAGCCAAAAAGGCUCGUCCUCUCGGUCCGGCGAAGGCACGGCAGCGACUCCCCCGACAGGCAAAGGCCAAUGCGGUGGCGAGAAUCCACGAUCUCUAUGGUGCCAAGGCUCAGAGGGCCGAGAAGGGACAAAAGGCGGCGGCGGCGGCGGCGGCGGCGGCACCUGAGGGCAAGACAGAAGAGGCGGCAAUGAAAGGGAAAAUGAAUGAGGAAGGAAAGACAAGAGAAGAGAAGGAAGUGAAGAAAGGGAAUCUUCCUCCUCCCAAUGAACCCCAAAAGGAGCUGCCUGGAAGGAAGGAAGUGAAGGACCAGCCGCCGCCAAAGAAGAUGCCUGGAAGAAAGAAAGUGAAGGACGCCAAAGUACCCAAGGACCAAAAGAAAGGGAAAGGAAAGCCCACAGUCGAAGAAUUGAGCGAGGCUGAGGUGAAAAGGCUUCUGCUCAAAGGACAAGAGUUGGGUUCGGGAGCCUACGGAACUGCCUUCAAAGUCCUUCACAAGGGAAAGCAAGCAGUGCUGAAAGUGGCCAACGACAACCUGUGGACAGUGAGAACAGCCUUCAGAAACGAGGCUAAAACGCUAGAGGAACUCCAGGGCGCGGGAGGAGCUCCUAUGCUACUUGGGACCUGUAGUAAGCCAGCCGCCAUCCUCAUGGACUAUUGUUGUGGCGAAGAGUUCUAUUCGUUCAUAAACGACUCAAAGACCUUGCCUUCCCUCGCCUUGCAAGCACUUCCGGACAUUGCGAGGAGGCUCCACGAAAUCCACCUGGCAGGCUAUAUCCAUACGGAUUUGAAGACAGAUAAUGUGAUGGUCAACAAACAGGUGCAGCCCCGAAUAAUCGACUUCGGAUUAGCAGUGAAAAGGGGCACGAAGACAAAGGUAUGGCUCAAUAUGUCCGACUCAAUUUACGAGCCAGAGUACACGAGAGGUGCGCCCGCUCAGCCCUGGGGAGACGUCUACUCCAUGGGAUGUCUGGUUGAAGAUACUAUCUACGCCCUCUACGAUGACAUCCCGAAGGAUUACGAAGAUAUAAUAAACAUGGCCAAAAAUAAAAAUCCUAAACUUCGACCAACUGUGCCCGAGUUGGUGGAGCAGCUGGAUGCAGCGUGGCGGAAACUGAAUCUACAAUAG